GUGGGCGGAGCUGAAGGACGUUCGCCUCUCCUGGUUCUUCCGGGGUCCAUGUGGCUUCUUCGGGGGUUGGGGUUCCCGGCUGCCAGGAGUUGCUUGGCGGGAAGAACCUGGGCGCUUGGCAGGUGGUACAGUCAGGCUGCCGAGAGGAAAACCAUAUUUGCCUUGUCUUCUGGCCGAGGGAAAUGUGGCGUGGCUGUGAUUCGAACCAGCGGCCCAGCCAGCGGUACAGCUGUCCUCCGCCUGACGGGGACGAAGGAGCUGCCGGUCCCACGCUCUGCUGCCUUGCGGCGGAUCUAUGACCCAGAGUCAAUGGAAAUGCUGGAUCGGGGUCUUGUUGUGUGGUUCCCAGGGCCAGGCAGUUUCACGGGGGAAGAUGUUGCUGAAUUCCAUGUUCACGGCGGGCCAGCUGUGGUGACGGGAGUCUUGACCACUCUGGGAUCCCUCCCUCAACUGCGUCCUGCAGACCCUGGAGAAUUUACUAAACGGGCUUUCCAGAACGGGAAACUUGACCUGACGGAGGCCGAGGGGCUGGGGGACCUGAUCCAUGCGGAGACUGAAGGGCAGCGCAGGCAGGCCUUGCGCCAGAUGGAUGGUGAUCUGGGCCGGCUCUACCAGCGCUGGAGCGAUGCUCUCACCAAGGCCCUGGUCCACGUUGAAGCAUACAUUGACUUCAGUGAAGAUGACAACAUUGAAGAGGGCGUCCUUUCCCAAGUGGAGGCCACGGUAGAGAGUCUGGAGGAAGAACUGAGGGGACACUUGCAAGAUGGCCGGCGCGGGGAGAGGCUCAGGGAUGGAGUCCGUGUCGUGAUCGCCGGGCCGACCAAUGCCGGGAAGAGCAGCCUUCUCAACCAAUUGUGUCAGAAGCCGGUGGUCAUUGUUUCCCCCGUGGCAGGGACAACUCGAGACGUGGUGGAGGCGGCGCUGAACAUUGGGGGGUUCCCGGUGGUGCUGAGCGACACAGCGGGCCUGCGGGACACUGACGAUACCAUUGAGAAGGAGGGCGUGAGCCGAGCUCGCGAGAGAGUCCGUAGCGCCGACCUCAUCCUGGCCGUGCUCGAUGCAGCAGAAGUGGCCCAGCAGCUCAGCCGUCUUUCGGUCCUCCUGCAGGACAUCUUGCCACCCGCCCGGCCGGACGGGGCCCAGCCGAGUCUGCUAGUGCUGAACAAAUCUGACCUGCUCGGAAAGCAGGGCGCAGCUGAGCUCCUAGGGGCCUGUGACCGGCCGGGGUUCCCUCCUGCUUGCCUGCUGUCUUGCAAAACCGGAGAAGGGGUGCCCGGUUUCCUGGACACCUUUGAGAAGCAACUGAACCGCAUGUGCGGCGACCCGCUUUUGGGUUCCCCCAGCCCUACGCAAGCACGACACCGACUCAGCCUAACCAAGUGCUUGGGGGCGCUAAGCCUGUUUAGCCAGCACCGGGACCUGGAUUUGGCACUGGCGGCCGAGGACCUGCGCCAGGCUCGCCGGCUCCUCGGGCAGCUGACUGGGCAGGUGGGGGCCGAAGAGAUCCUGACUCUCAUCUUCAAGGACUUCUGCAUCGGAAAGUGAGAAAGACAGGCGGCUGGCGGGCAGCAAAUCUUCCAGCCAAGUGGCAGGCAGUUCCAAAGACUCGGUGGGGACCUGUGGAAGAUGCAAAUGAGCCUGGUUGUGUGUGUUUUGUUUGUUUUAAAGCACGGGACAGUGGCCGAGUUGUGUGCUGCCGACGGGGAGACGGACUGGCUGCCCAUCGCAAAGGUGGUCUGAAACACUUUCGAGAUGUUGAUUGUCCAGGUUCUCUGUUGGGGGCUUUUUGGUUUGGCAUAAAAGAGAACGGGGUGGUGCGACCACACUUGGAGCACUGUGUUCAGUUCUGGUCGCCACAUCUCAACAAGGAUAUCGAAGAGAUAGAAAAAGUGCAGAGAAGGGCAACGAGGAUGAUUGAGGGACUG